GCAGCCGCGGGGGCAGCGCCCUCGGGGAGCCGGCCGGCCGGCGGCGGCGGCAGCGGCGGCGUUUCUCGCCUCCUCUUCGUCUUCUCUUCUAACCGUGCAGCCUCUUCCUCGGCUUCUCCUGAAAGGGAAGGUGGAAGCCGUGGGCUCGGGCGGGAGCCGGCUGAGGCGCGGCGGCGGCACCUCCCGCUCCUGGAGCGGGGGGGAGAAGCGUCGGCGGCGGCGGCCGCGGCGGCUGCAGCUCCGGGGAGGGGGUCGGAGUCGCCUGUCACCAUUUCCAGGGCUGGGAACGCCGGAGAGUUGGUCUCUCCCCUUCUACUGCCUCCAACACGGCGGCGGCGGCGGCGGCACAUCCAGGGACCCGGGCCGGUUUUAAACCUCCCCUCCGCCGCCGCCGCACCCCCCCUGGCCCGGGCUCCGGAGGCCGCCGGAGGAGGCAGCCGUUCCGAGGAUUAUUCGUCUUCUCCCCAUUCCGCUGCCGCCGCUGCCAGGCCUCUGGCUGCUGAGGAGAAGCAGGCCCAGUCGCUGCAACCAUCCAGCAGCCGCCGCAGCAGCCAUUACCCGGCUGCGGUCCAGAGCCAAGCGGCAGCAGAGCGAGGGGCAUCAGCUACCGCCAAGUCCAGAGCCAUUUCCAUCCUGCAGAAGAAGCCCCGCCACCAGCAGCUUCUGCCAUCUCUCUCCUCCUUUUUCUUCAGCCACAGGCUCCCAGACAUGACAGCCAUCAUUAAAGAGAUCGUUAGCAGAAACAAAAGGAGAUAUCAAGAGGAUGGAUUCGACUUAGACUUGACCUAUAUUUAUCCAAACAUUAUUGCUAUGGGGUUUCCUGCAGAAAGACUUGAAGGUGUAUACAGGAACAAUAUCGAUGAUGUAGUAAGGUUUUUGGAUUCAAAGCAUAAAAACCAUUACAAGAUAUACAAUCUAUGUGCUGAAAGACAUUAUGAUACCGCCAAAUUUAACUGCAGAGUUGCACAGUAUCCUUUUGAAGAUCAUAAUCCACCACAGCUAGAACUUAUCAAACCCUUUUGUGAAGAUCUUGACCAAUGGCUAAGUGAAGAUGACAAUCAUGUUGCAGCAAUUCACUGUAAAGCUGGAAAGGGACGAACUGGUGUAAUGAUUUGUGCAUAUUUGUUACAUCGGGGCAAGUUUUUAAAGGCACAGGAGGCCCUAGAUUUCUAUGGAGAAGUAAGGACCAGAGAUAAAAAGGGAGUAACUAUUCCCAGUCAGAGGCGCUAUGUGUAUUAUUAUAGCUACCUGUUAAAGAAUCAUCUGGAUUAUAGACCAGUGGCACUGUUGUUUCACAAGAUGAUGUUUGAAACUAUUCCAAUGUUCAGUGGCGGAACUUGCAAUCCUCAAUUUGUGGUCUGCCAGCUAAAGGUGAAGAUAUAUUCCUCCAAUUCAGGACCCACACGACGGGAAGACAAGUUCAUGUACUUUGAGUUCCCUCAGCCGUUGCCUGUGUGUGGUGACAUCAAAGUAGAGUUCUUCCACAAACAGAACAAGAUGCUAAAAAAGGACAAAAUGUUUCACUUUUGGGUAAAUACAUUCUUCAUACCAGGACCAGAGGAAACCUCAGAAAAAGUAGAAAAUGGAAGUCUAUGUGAUCAAGAAAUUGAUAGUAUUUGCAGUAUAGAGCGUGCAGAUAAUGACAAAGAAUAUCUAGUACUCACUUUAACAAAAAAUGAUCUCGACAAAGCAAAUAAAGACAAGGCCAACCGAUACUUUUCUCCAAAUUUUAAGGUGAAGCUGUACUUCACAAAAACAGUAGAGGAGCCAUCAAAUCCAGAGGCUAGCAGUUCAACUUCUGUAACACCAGAUGUUAGUGACAAUGAACCUGAUCAUUAUAGAUAUUCUGACACCACUGACUCUGAUCCAGAGAAUGAACCUUUUGAUGAAGAUCAGCAUACACAAAUUACAAAAGUCUGAAUUUUUUUUUUUAUCAAGAGGGAUAAAACUCCAUGAAAACAAACUUGAAUAAACUGAAAAUGGACCUUUUUUUUUAAUGGCAAUAGGACAUUGUGUCAGAUUACCAGUUAUAGGAACAAUUCUCUUUUCCUGACCAAUCUUGUUUUACCCUAUACAUCCACAGGGUUUUGACACUUGUUGUCCAGUUGAAAAAAGGUUGUGUAGCUGUGUUAUGUAUAUAUCUUUUUGUGUCAAAAGGACAUUUAAAAUUCAAUUAGGAUAAAUAAAGAUGGCACUUUCCCAUUUUGUUCCAGUUUUAUAAAAAGUGGAGACAGACUGAUGUGUAUACGUAGGAAUUUUUCAUUUUGUAUUCUGUCACCAACUGAAGUGGCUAAAGAGCUUUGCGAUAUACAGGUUCACAUCCUACCCCUUUGCACUUGUGGCAACAGAUAAGUUUGCAGUUGGCUAAGAGGAGUUUCUAAGAGAUUUUGCUACAUUCUAAUGCAUGUAUUCGGGUUAGGGGAAUGGAGAGAAUGCUCAGAAAGGAAUAUAUUUUAUGCUGGACUCUGGACCAUAUACCAUCUCCAGCUAUUUACAUGCACCUUUCUUUAGCAUGCUACAGUUAUUAAUCUGGACGUUUGAGGAAUUGGCCGCUGUCACUGCUUGUUGUUUGUGCAUUUUAUUUUUUUUAAGCAUAUUGGUGCUAGAAAAGGCAGCUAGAGGGAGUGAAUCUGUAUUGGGGUACAGGAAUGAACCUUCCACAACAUCUUAAGAAUCCACAAAUGAAGGGAUAAAAAUAAUGUGGUCAUAGAUAGGAAACACAGCAACAAUGACUUAACCAUAUAAAUGUGGAGGCUAUCAACAAAGAAUGGGCUUGAAACAUUAUACAAAUUGACAAUGAUUUAUUAAAUAUGUUUUCUCAAUUGUAAUGACUGCUCCAUCUCCUGUGUAAUCAAGGCCAGUGCUAAAAGUCAGAUGCUAUUAGUACCUACAUCAGUCAACAACUUACACUUAUUAGUUUUCAAUCAUAUACCUGCUGUGGAUGCUUCAUGUGCUGCCUGCAAGCUUCUUUUUUCUCAAUAAAUAUAAAAUAUUUUGUAAUGCUGCACAGGAAAUUUCAAUUUGAGAUUCUACAGUAAGCAGUUUUUUUUCUUUAAAGAUUUAUGAUGCACUUAUUCAAUCCAAUAGCUGUCAGCCGUUCCACCCUUUUGACCUUACACAUUCUAUUACAAUGAGUUUUGCAGUUUUGCACAUUUUUUAAAUGUCAUUAACUGUUAGGGAAUUUUACUUGAAUACUGAAUACAUAUAAUGUUUAUAUUUAAAAGGACAUUAUUUGUGUUAAAAAGGAAAUUAGAGUUGCAGUAAAUUUUCAACACUGCACAAAUAAUAAGGCAUUUACUUUUUCAGUAGAAAUUGUCCCACAUAAUGCUUUUAUCAAGUUGCUAUUGAAAGAAUAGAUUUUUUUUUUAAUGUGCAGUGUUGAAUCAUUUCUUCAUAGUGCUAGAGUUAGGACUAGGGCUUAAAUUUCACUUCUUAAAUAUCAUAUAUUUGAUAUGCCCAGACUGCAUAUGAUUUUAAGCAGAGUACAACUACUAUUGUAAGGCUAAUGUGAAGAUAUGAUUAAAAAGAUUUUCCCCCCAGAAAUUUGGUGUCUUUCAAAUUAUACCUUGACCUUGAACAUUUGAACAUCCAGCCAGUUUAUUUCUUAAUGUUGUAAAAUCUCAUUUUCAAUAACUUAUUGGUGCUGAAAUUGUUCACUAGCUGUGGUCUGACCUAGUUAAUUUACACACACAGAUUGCAUAGGACCUACUAGAGCAGCAUAUAUAGAGUUUGAUGGCAAAUAGAUGAGGCAGAACUUUAUCCAAAAUAUUCUUAGUAAAUAAUGUUGACAUGUUUUCCAUACCUCGUCAGUUUCAUUCAACAAAUAAAAUUUUUAAAUUUUUUAACAAAGCUCUUAGGAUUUACACAUUUAUAUUUAAACAUUGAUAUAUAGAAAAUUAAUUGAUUGCUCAUAAGUUAAAUUGGUAAAGUUAGAGACAACUAUUCUAAGAUCUCACCAUUGAAAUUUAUAUGCCACCUUCUCUUUCAUAAAAGCUGAAAAUGAAAAUCAACUAUUCGUAUUUUGAAGAUAGUUAUUAAUACUGUUAUUUGUUACAGUUUUGGGCACAGUGUAUUGAAACAUAACUUGUAUUGUUCCAAUAUAUAAUAUGGAGGGCCAGGUCAUAAAUAAUGACAUUAUAAUGGGCUUUUGCACUGUUAUUGUUUUUCCUUUGGAAUGUGAAGGUCUGAAUGAGGGUUUUGAUUUUGAAUGUUUCAAUGUUUUUGAGAAGCCUUGCUUACAUUUUAUGGUGUAGUCAUUGGAAAUGGAAAAAUGGCAUUAUAUAUAUAUUAUAUAUAUAAAUAUAUAUUAUACGUACUACUCUCCUUUAUUUCAGUUACCAUCCCCAUAGAAUUUGACAAGAAUUGCUAUGACUGAAAGGUUUUCGAGUCCUAAUUAAAACUUUAUUUAUGACAGUAUUCAUAAUUAGCCUGAAAUGCAUUCUGUAGGUAAUCUCUUUGAGUUUCUGGAAUGUUUUCUUACUUAGACUUUUUGGAUGUGCAGCCGCUUACAUGUCUGAAGUUACUUGAAGGCAUCACUUUUAAGAAAGCUUACAAUUGGGCCCUGUACCAUCCCAAGUCCUUUGUAGCUCCUCUUGAAUAUUUUUUGCCAUAAUUAUUAAAGGGUAGUUGAAUAAAUAGCAUCACCAUUCUUUGCCGUGGCACAGGUUAUAAACUUAAGUGGAGUUUACCGGCAGCAUCAAAUGUUUCAGCUUUAAAAAAUAAAAGUAGGGUACAAGUUACAUGUUUAGUUCUAGAAAAUUUGUGCAAUAUGUUCAUAACGAUGGCUGUGGUUGCCACAAAGUGCCUCGUUUACCUUUAAAUACUGUUAAUGUGUCAUGCAUGCAGAUGGAAGGGGUGGAACUGUGCACUAAAGUGGGGGCUUUAACUGCAGUGUUUGGCAGAGUUGCCUUCUACCCUGCCAGUUCAAAAGUUCAAUCUGUUUUCAUAUAGAAUAUAUAUACUAAAAAAUUUCAGUCUGUUAAACAGCCUUACUCUGAUUCAGCCUCUUCAGAUACUCUUGUGCUGUGCAGCAGUGGCUCUGUGUGUAAAUGCUAUGCACUGAGGAUACACAAAAAAAUAUGAUGUGUACAGGAUAAUGCCUCAUACCAAUCAGAUGUCCAUUUGUUAUUGUGUUUGUUAACAACCCUCUAUCUCUUAGUGUUAUAAACUCCACUUAAAACUGAUUAAAGUCUCAUUCUUGUCAUUGUGUGGGUGUUUUAUUAAAUGAGAGUAUAAUUUAAAUUGCUUAAAUUCAUUGAAAUUUUAAAUAAUGGGCAGCCAAAUGUGAUUAAGUUUUCUGUAAAUUGUUUUUCUGCUGUCCUUCAAAGCCUACAAUUAUAAAACCAUGGGCCUUUGUCAACUUAGGAGUAGAGUAUCAGUCUACUCAUCUUUAAGAGAGGCAGUAAUUUUUUAGGGCUUUAGUCAACAUUUAAAUUGUUUUAAGCACAUUAAGUAACAUUCUAAUCCUGAAAAAGUUCAAGAUUCUUGAAAAAUUGUGCGUAUAUAUGUACGUAUUUUUUUUACUAAGUCAGAUGUCUGAAAAUAACUCCUCAGAAUGGAUUUGAUACUCCAGAUCUCAAUUUGUGGCUUUUCCAUUCUUUAUGAUUCUGUAGUCUGCCAUCAAUAUGUGGGAAACUUCAUUUACUCAUGUGACUUGUGCCAUUUAAAAACUGAUAUUCCAGAAUAGUCUAAAGGACUUUGUGUACCUGAAUUUAAUCUUGUUAUUUCUAAUAUUCUUAAAAGCUUAAAGACUAAGGCAUAUCCUUUCAACCAAGCAUAGUAAGGUAAUAAGUGAAAGCGUAGCUUGUACAGACAUUUUGAAAAUAAAGCAAACCAUUUAUGGAACAGUGGAAUUUAAUGUUAUUUCAAGUUUACGUUUUCUCCAUGUGACUUUUUAAAAGUGUGAAUAAUGUAUAAUCUAAAAAAGUAUGAGAAGUGUGUGUGUACACACACACACAUUUUUUCUCUUUAGGUAUCUUAAGUAUGGUUGAAAACUAUACUGGAGUCUAAAAUUAGUCUGUUUUUAAAGAAGAUCUUGGUCAUGUCUGAAAAUAGGAAUUUACUGGCAGUUUUGUUUUUAAUGGCAUAUUCUCACUACACUGUAGUUUGAGCUAGUUUGGUUAAAUGAAUGCCAUCACCAUUUCCAUUGAGAAUUUAAAAAUCACCAGUGUUUAACAUGCAGGCUUCCAAAGGCUUACAAAAAAUCAAGACCCUUAAAUCUAGUUAAUUUGCUGCUAACGUAAAACUCUUUUUGUUCUUUUAUUCUUGCCAGAUGAUUAGUCACACGUCUAAAACUUCAUCUUAAAUGGCUUAAGUUUUAAUUAGCAGUGCUGUUACUAGAGCAGAGAGAAAUGUUUGUGAAUGGAAAUAAUAGUAAAUAUUCAAUCAAACUGGUAUAAGGACAGUACCUAAACAACUAGCAAAAAAGAUAAUAGAGAAAAAUAUUUUAAAACUUUGAAAGAUGAGAUGUUAGAGACUGAUUUUCCUAUAGAAUUAUAUGGCUAUAGGAAGCCUAAUGAUUAAGUUGCUUGUCAGUUGUUUUAAAUUUUAGAGCAAAUCUAUUCUUUUAUGACCAUGAUCUUGCUAUUUUUUCAUCUUUCAGGAGAUCUUCCUUCUUAAAGGUAUAUCAGAAUGUAGAUAGCCACCCUGACAAAUUCAUAUUGGUUGGUAGCUUUAAAAGUUUGCAAUAUGAAGACAGGAAAGGAUAAAUAAAGUAGUUUCAUUGGUGGUAAUACUUUUUGGUUCUUAAGUUACCUAUUUUGAGAAUACUUUCUCAUAACAAAGUAAUCACAAUCCCGUCUGGAGACACAGCCAUUAUUAAUGCUUUAGUGACUAUACAAUCAUUUUUUCUGUAUAUUCAUGUAUAUAUUUUCUUUAAAAAAUGAAAUUUGUACUGUGCAUACUCUCAAAGCCUUUAAGCUUAUUAUUUCUAUCAUGGAUUUGUAGAAUGUUCAUUUACAUUAGAAAAUGGACAGUGAUUUGAUCCUAACGCUACAGAUGCAGAUCAUGUGUGAUUAUUGAGAGCUCCUUCCAAUUCAGUGGGUUGGUUCAUCAUGAAUGUUUAAAUAUCGCUGGCAUCAGGAUGAUAUAUGUCCAAGUAAAGAAAACUGUUACAUUUAUUUAGUGUAGACAAGCUUAACAUUGUAGAUAUUUCUCUUCAAAAACCAUUUUAAAUAUUUGCAUUUUGAAAUUAUGUGUCAAAUAGUUAAACAGAAUGUGUGAAACACUAUAUUACUAGUUAACUUCAUCAUCACCUUUCUCUUUCCCUUAUAGGUUGGAAAAGAAGGAUGAACUUUUCAGUUUUUAUAGUUCCCAAACAGUUGCUCAAUUUAGAGUGAAUUAGUUUAACACCUGCAAAAAAAGAAGAAAAGCUACUGCUGGUUUAUCACUUAGUUGUCUUUAAAUUUGUGUGCUCAUGUGAUUUCCAUCACAUCAAAAACAAUAUUUCAUGAAUGGUUCACAUUUAGCUCUGGAACAUGUUUCGUGUAAUGGUGAGCUUAUAACAGUACCUGUAACUUUUUUGACAGUUAUUUGAGAAUUUUGGUGAAAAAAAAUUUAGCUGGAGGGCAGUACCUAGCUUAUGAACCAGUAUAUUGAUAUUUCAAGAACACUUUUACAUAUAUGAGUGAAGUCAACUGCCGUCUUUGAGCAUUACCACAUUUUAAAAUAAAGCUGCAUAUUUUUAAAUGAAGUGUUUAACAAGGAUUUAUAUUUUUCAUUUUUCUAAAUUAAAAAUAAUUUAUAUCUCCUUUGUUGCAUGUGGAUUCUCAUCUGUCCUUGAAAUGGUUAGAGAUUUUAUUUGUGUGGAAUGGAGCAAGGCUUCUAGUCAUGGCUCUAGUGUUUCAGUUUGUCAAAUCUGUUUAGUGAAAUUCUUGAAAUGUUUAGGUGUGGCUUUCUGUAGCCUUUCAUUUAUUGGCCUUUAUUUAUGUGCACCUUUCGGAUUUUCUGCCUACUCUAUACAGUUGUCCAAAUGAUAUCCCACGUUUACAAAUGUCCUUUCAGUUUCUGUUUUCUUUUUUCAUUAAGUUGCGCCAGUGCCCUAAUGGGCAGUAUGUGUUUGUGUGUGCAUGCGUGCAGGCGUUAGUGUGUGAAUAUGUGUGUGUGUGUAAAUUAGAUUUUUGAGAAUGCUAGACUCCAACUUUAGAGAUUAAAUAGUUUGAUUCAGGCAAACAGAUUUCACUGGAAUUUCACAAUUCAUGGUAAUGAAAAUAAUGUUAACCCUGGAUGACCUUUGACAUACAGUAAUGAAUCUUGGCUAUUAAUGAGUUUGUUAGCAUCUUGAUGUGUGCGUUAAUGAGUUGUUUUCAAAGUUGUGCAUUUAACCAAAGUUGGUGUGUUGGAAAUGUUUAUAAGUUCCAUUUCAUGGACAUAAAAGUAGAAAUGCUUUCCUAUGGAGAGUAUUUUUUUCUUUAAAAAAUUAAAAAGGUUAUUUUGAA